AAAAAAACACCAGAGGGAGAGGAAAGGGACGGCGCGCACAAGUAUCACCGGCAGGAAAAAAAAAAAAAAAAAAAGGAGAAAAAAAGGAGAAAGAAAAAAAAAAAACCAACAAAAAAAGAAAAGGGAAAGGGGGAAUCUUGUUCUCCCUCUUUCUGCCUCCUUUCCGAUGAGUUCUUAUUUUGUCAACUCGACCUUCCCGGUGAGCCUGGCGGCGGGGCAGGAGCCCUUCCUGGGCCAGAUCCCGCUGUACCCCUCGGGCUACGCGGACCCUCUGCGCCACUACCCCGGCACCACCUAUGGACCCGCGCAGGACAAGGGCUACUCCUCCUCCUCCUCCUCCUCCUCUCCCUACUACCAGCAGAGCUCCGCAGCUUUCGGAGCCCGCGGCUCCGCCUGUGAUUUCGGGCCCGGAGGCUUUUUCAGGGACAAGGAGCCCGCCUGCCCCCCGGGCAACCUGGACGAGGUGGCGUUCGCCCCCGAGGCUCGCAAGCCGGACUGCGCGCAGGGCAAGAGCGCGUUCGGAGAGGGCGAGGAGCAGAAAUGUUCCGCUCCCGUUUACCCCUGGAUGCAGCGGAUGAAUUCUUGCAAUAGUUCCUCCUUCGGGCCCAGCGGGCGUCGAGGUCGCCAGACUUACACCAGGUACCAAACCCUGGAGCUGGAGAAGGAAUUCCACUACAACCGCUACCUGACGAGGAGGAGGAGGAUCGAGAUCGCUCACUCGCUGUGCCUCACCGAGCGCCAGAUCAAAAUCUGGUUCCAGAACCGCAGGAUGAAGUGGAAAAAAGAGAACAAACUUCUCAACUCCUCGCAGCUCAGCGCGGAGGAGGAGGAGGAGAAAGCGGCAGAGUGAACGAAAAAAAAAAAAAAAUUAAAAAAAAUUUUAAAAAAAGCGGCAGAGUGAACAAAAAAAAAAAAAUAAAAUUAAAAAAAAGCGGCAGAGUGAACAAAAAAAAAUAUAAAAUUUAAAAAAAGCGGCAGAGUGAACAAAAAAAAAAAUUUAAAAAAAAAGCGGCAGAGUGAACAAAAAAAAAAAAAUUAAAAAAAAGCGGCAGAGUGAACAAAAAAAAAAAUUAAAAAAAAAAAGCGGCAGAGGGAACAAAAAAAAAUUAAAAAAGACGAAAAAAAAGGGGGGGAGAGAGAGGAAAAAUUAAAAAAAAAUAUGUCAUUUAAAAAGCGCAAAAAAAAAAAAAAAAAAGGAUGAAAUUUUAAAUUGAGAGCGAGAGGUGAGGGUGGUUGUGAGGGAAAUCCCGCACGCUGCUGGGACAGAACCACAAAGUUUGAGUCGUCGGUGCCCCGGCCUCCGCUUCUCGAUGAUUUUUAUCCAGAAACAAAAUUAAAAAAAAAAAAAAAAACACAAAA